AUGAGGAUUUUUAUCACCGUUCUCCUAUGGCUCGCAGAGAUGCACAGAACCGCAACUGCUCUGACGCUACGCGGGGAAUUUCCGCGCAGCCCCCGUAUCAACCUCUUGGAGCUAGAGUCGACUAGGUGGGAGGCAACUGCAGACACGGUGUCUGCCAAGACGGCGCCAUCAUCCAACGCAAAGCUGGAGCUCAGCGAUCUCAAGGAUAACGUGGACUUCCACAUGAACCACCUUAGCGAAGCGCUCAAGGAGAAACUCAGCAACGCGAUCGAAGUAGUUGAUCCGGUGGAAAUGGAACGCCUCAAGGAUGCUUGCGACAAGGUCGAAAACAGAAUCAGGGAUUUGCAGGCGACCAUCAAGAGCAAGUGCGACGAAGAGGAGGAAAUCGUGAAUCAACAAAGCGGAGAUCAUGAAAGUGCCGAGCUGCAUGGCGCUGUAGAAUCGGCGAAAAAACGGCUAAAGAGUUUCGUAGACGAUGGUAUCAAAGAGAUCGGGGAGAAAUUGAACAACCUUUUCGCCGAGUUCACCGUUUCGGAAACUGAGGAUGCUAAUAAAACGCGUGACGGCGAUGUCAACGAAAACGCAAAGGGCGCAGGUGCGGCGACAGGAGAUAAAAGCGUAAAAGAGAUGCCCGAUGCGGAAAAGCCUCUUAGCAAAAGCAUGAUUCAAGUCAGCGGCGAUAGUGCGUAUGAGGAAAGUGGAAGCAUCAUACCUAAAAACCAAAUAUCGGACAACACCGUGAAAGAAGGCAAAGUCGCUAGUAAGCAAAACGUGAACCCAGGAGGAGGCCAAAUGGGUGUUCCCAAGUCCAACGCCAGUAAAGACGUCAAACAUGCAGAAGUCGCUGGGAAUGCCAGUGAUGCGUUAAAAGGGCAAUCUAAUCUAGUAAAUUCCAAAAACCAAAGUUCUAAUAUAAUCCGUGGUGAAGUUAAUGGCAACCACGAUGACAAACGUGCUCAUACCACAAGUGAAGCAGGAGCCGCUACCAAUGUAACAGGAAACACCGCUAUGACAAACGGUGUUACACAGCACCAGGGGAGCCCUGAUAAGCCAAAUAACAUUGAGGCGGUACAGAGUAAAGAGGCUGGAGAAAACGACGACCGGCGCAAGGCGGGAGCGUCGGAUAACGCCAAGUCGGCACCCGCUCCCAAGUCAGAGGCAGAGCAGGCUUCCAAGCUGGCCAAAGUGCCGCCCGCAGCCAUCACAAGAACAGUAAAUCAGUAUCUGCAGACACUGAACUCGGAAGCUGACAAACUCGUCACCGAUAUUCAGUUGAAGUUACAUCGGACUAAGACCUAUUAG